AUGGCCUCAGAAUCAUUGCAAUUCUUCUCUUCCGCACUAAACUCCCCUAGUGAUGUUAAUCUCGAAGACUUUCUCGACGUUCAACGUCUCUGUGAUGGUUCUUCAACGCCUCCAAACGAACCAACUCAAACUUACACACCUUUAAACAACAUCACUAUCCCUGCUCGCACUAGCGACCAGGAAUGUUCCGAGCACAAGAGACAAGAUGAUACACAACGUGGCAGUGAGAGAAAUCGGUCAUAUACACUGCCAAGGCGGAGAGGAAUUCGCUCGAUUGUCUCAGUUCCUGAAUAUUCAGUCAUCUGUUUCCCCUCGAAUCCCACCAAACCUGACGGUAUCAAAAAGACGAGAAAGGACUUUGACGAAAAGAGGCGGCGUGAAGUUGCACAAGUUCGUAAGAACGGUGCUUGCUUCCGGACCAUAUACAAGCAGAAGCUGACUGCUCAGUGUGGUGUAGGGGAGACAUGUCAAGCGUGUGAGAAAGCCGCCGGCAUCCUUGGAACUCAGCUAUGUAUCCGCGAAAAGUUGACGAAAAUGAGAUUCAGUUCGGGUGAUCUUCACUAUAUCGACUAUACUGCACGGUUGCUUAACCAAGAACUCAUCGCUGGCACAACCCAUCUAGGACCACAUCGAAAGGUGUCGCUGUCUAUGGACUACCUUGAUAACCCAGCUCUAGAGGUUGAGGUUCAGGACUACUACGGGAAUAAGUCGCCACCAUGGUUCUGCUGCUGGGUCGUAACGGACCAGGUUGGUGGCCAAGUCGAGUCUUACCGACAAGAGAGUGGUCGAUAUGCCUUACCGCAGCUUCUUCCGCCCAGCCAUCUAAUCGAUUGGGUUGAGAGGAUGAUUACGCACCAAGACACCCGAUGCAUAGGUUUCCAGCAAACCGUCGAUUCCUUCAUCUUGAGGUACAGUCAAUCCCAAGCGCCUUUACCAAUGCAUGACUUCGUCCGAAAAGUACACCAACUGAACUGCCUCACCAAGAUUCGAUUGGGAUUUAUACUAUGCGUCGAAGAGAGAGGCAACACGACACCGCCUUCAUGUGCUUUACACACACAAUUUGGCCAGAUAUCGAAGGCGGCCUCCCAACCAAUUGAGAAAGAAGUUCUUCUAGAGUUGGAGAAACUAGUAUUUGGUACCGCAGGAAUCGGGCCCGACAACUCGAUAGCCCUCUGGGCCAGUCUCUGGUGCUUAAUCCUCAUGUAUCGGAAACUAGUCCACACUUAUAUGGCCUUCCAAGAGUUUCCGUGUCAUGUACCCGAGGACUAUAGUGGCUUUCCAGAGUGCAAGUUGGAGGUUGGCACCCACUUCUAUCACUAUCUGGUAUCUAUCUAUGCGGCCCUCUUCCGCGUGACCAGUCCGCUAUAUGCCGACUUCCGAAUACCAGCUACGCGCAAGCUACUUGACGAUGACGAGUCCCUAAUAGAGGCUUUUAUGAGUUUGCGCACCGAGAGCUUUUAUUUCCGUCAGUGUGCCUCAUUAAACUUUGAAACUAGAGCUAAUUUUGUCUUUAGAGAGAGAGUCGAUGUCCAUGUCAGCGUCACACGAUCAACUUCUACGCCGGAUGAUACUAGAUCGAGAGGCGGGUCUGAAGCCCAAGCAGCUCACUCGAAGAUGACCGAGUAG